GUGCAAUUUAGUUUUUAUUGUUCACGUGAUUGUAUUUGUGCUAACUCCACAAGGUUCUCUCUGUCUUCGUAACGUCCACGUGGCGGUUCCUGAGGCGGUCGAACGAGGAUCGAAGGUCGAGAUGAAGUGCCUUUACGACCUGGAAAACGAAGUGUUGUACUCCGUCAAGUGGUAUCGUGGGGACAGAGAGUUUUGCCGCUACUCCCCCAGAGAUGUUCCUCCGCUAAAGAUAUUUCGUAUUCCGGGCAUCGAAGUUGACAGGGAAGGAACGGAUGCUGAACGUCUGACAAUAGAAGCAGCGACGCAAACAGCCAGCGGACGGUACACGUGCGAGGUAUCGGCAGACGCACCUUCAUUCCAAACUGCACAAGUGCAUACUCACAUGUACGUUGUUGUUCUGCCUGUGGAAGGACCGGGACUACACGGCCUGAAGCGACGUUACCGACCGGGAAACACGCUCAAAGUGGAAUGUGUCAGCUAUAACUCGUUGCCGGCAGCGAAUCUGUCGUUCUUCAUAAACAGCGAACCGGCACUAAGUCAGCAUGUAAUGCAUCGAGUGGACGGCGACACGGAAGGCGGUACUAUGUCUGCGUACAGCACUAUGCAGUUCACGGUACAAAAACAUCACUUCAUCCGAGGGAAGAUUAAGAUUCGAUGCACAGCCAACAUAUACUCUAUCUACCUGAAGAGCCUCGAAAAAAGUGCCGAAGAAGAACGGAUACGCACUACCCCAGCACCACUGCCAGAGGUUCACGAGGCCGUGGUGUAUUCCAUACAUCGCCUGCCUGAGAACAGUGUAAACGGCACACAAUCCAGAGUGUCACCAGCGCGACUGUACGUGAUUGUACUCGUAACGCUUUUACUUCCGACCGUACUAAGAUAAUUAUGUUUGUUAUUUCGUUAGUUGGUUAUAAAAUAUACAGGGUGUAAUUGAAACCAUUCGAGAAAGUUUCAGAGCAAAUCUUAGAAAUUGCUGUAAUUGAUGGCCUAAUAAAAUUAUGUAGCCACAUGAAUAUGAACACAAUUAUAGUAUGGGUUAUACGGCAGAGAAUUUAUGCGCUGAAAUGGCUGUUAGUAGGAUAGAUUGCAAUUUAAAAAGUUAGUUGUUGGUUAAAGGAACCUAGUGGAACUUUUUCGGGUGAUCAUGAUGAAUGACUGACGUAGAUAUGGCUACAAGGAUUAGAUUUUCAAUAAGAUGAGCGGCCAGCUUUAUCUUAAGCUCCCGUCGUUACUUAUUUACAAGAAUUUGACGUCACUGCUCGGUUGCUCUUACAUCGUAAUCAGACUGACGGUUGCGUUCUAGUGAAUCUUUUU